UAUUUCGAGAGAAACAAGCAUGUAUUUCAGAGCUGCAUGUACCGGUGGAAGGUUUCAGUGAGGAGAGGAAUAUUAUUUUUUUAAAGGAAUCUAUAAUGUAGUCUACAGUAUUAUUAUUAGCGUUUUUUUAAGUGUCACACAAAGCGCGCCUGAAUGUCAUACUUUCUGACAGUUUUAUGUUGAAGUGUUUGGUAACAGGCUAAUUUUGCAAAUUGACGAUAAAAUGCUCUACUUCAUUGGUCUUGGUUUAGGAGAUACCAAAGACAUCACUGUAAAGGGACUCGAAAUAAUUAAACAAUGCAGUCGUGUCUACCUGGAAGCAUACACAUCCAUACUGACUGUUGGAAAAGAGGCUUUGGAGGAGUUCUAUGGCCGUGAGCUGAUCCUGGCAGAUCGAGACAUGGUGGAACAGGAAGCGGAGGAGAUCCUGAAGGGGGCUGAUGUCGGCGAUGUGGGGUUCCUGGUGGUGGGCGACCCGUUUGGAGCCACCACCCACAGUGACCUGGUUUUGAGAGCAGUGAAUGCUGGGAUACAGUACAGGGUCAUCCACAAUGCCUCCAUCAUGAAUGCAGUUGGAUGCUGUGGGCUUCAGCUCUAUAACUUUGGAGAAACCAUUUCCAUUGUGUUCUGGACAGACACCUGGAGGCCGGAAAGCUUUUAUGACAAAAUUCAUAAAAACCGUGCGAAUGGGCUGCACACACUCUGUCUGCUGGAUAUUAAGGUCAAAGAGCAGUCCAUGGAGAAUUUACUGAGAGGCCGCAAGAUCUACGAGCCCCCCAGGUACAUGAGCGUGAGUCAGGCAGCCGAACAGCUCCUGGAGAUCGUAAAGAACCGCAGAGAGAGGAAGGAGGACCUGGCCUUCACAGAGGACACGGUCUGCGUGGGGCUGGCCAGGGUGGGGGCAGAGGACCAGGCAGUCAGGGCAGGGUCACUGCGCCAGCUGGCAUCAUGUGACCUGGGCGGACCUCUGCACUCCCUGAUUGUGACGGGGCAUCUACACCCGCUGGAGCUGGACAUGCUUGGGCUGUUUGCGGUGGAACCCUCCGCUUUGCAGGGCCUGAAGACGCUGGAUAGCUCCACAUACACCUCCUGACCCCCACAAGACGGUGGGAACAAGGUGUUCCAAUGGAACGGGAAAUGAUCGUAUUGGUUAGGAUGUAUGAGACCGAAUUGGCAUGUGUUAUUUUACAUCAGAAAAAAACACAGCAGAGCUUGGCAGUUAGUUAGGCUUACGAAUCUUCUUGCUGCUGACUUGACAAAUUAUCCUCAUUUAUUGGAAUCAUUCAUGUCAGGUGACAAAGUAAUUUCAGAGUCAGAGAUCAAUUAAAGAUUUAAAAAUGACACUGAGAACUGUCAGGCCAACAUCAUCUGGGUUGAAUUGGAAAAAUGAACUGAUAUUGGAAAACAAACCCAUUUCAAACUAAAAUAGUCCAUAUCCUAACAAAUGCUGCAGAAUUUGAAUGAUACAAUACCUGUAUACGUAGUUUUACCAAACGUAUUUGUACGGACUGUUUCCUCAUGCAUUGUUCAAGAUCCGUCGUCAAUUCACAACAGGGUUUUCUAUGCUUUACAGAUGAGCCAUUUUAUCAUUAAUAUAAAUCAGGCCCAUUUUUUAUUGCUGCUGGUUUCCUGCAGCAUUCCUCAACACAUGUGGAGCUGGUUUAUAACUGGAUGUUCUGUUUAUGGCCGUCUCUGGUGGAACACCACGGUGCUGCAGUGAUAGAAUGCGACUGUUAGGGCACCACCCGACAUUAAAAAGCAGCUGUGGGCAUCAUA